AUGACUAAAAGGAGACAAGUUAGCCCAAACAAUGAGGCUUUAUUAGUAGAAAGUGACAAGGAUUUGGAAACUAAGUACUCAAUUAGCAAUUUUGACAGUAUUCUACUGGCAUGGGAUUUUUUUCAAGACAUAAAGGAGGAGACGUUUGGUACAGAGAGACCUGAGAUUGUAAAUUCUUUUGAUAUUUCUGGAGAAGUUUGCCAAGUUAGGGAUAACCCAACCAGGUUUGUUACUUCUAAGGAAUAUUUAGAUUACUUUUUUCCACUUUUUCUAUUGGAAUGUCAACAAUCUAUCCAAAGAGCCAAGCAAAUAGAGAUGAGUGACUUUGAUACUUUUUUACUCAAAGAUAUCAGGACUAAUAAUUCAAAUAAGAUGGAAGAGUCAAAUUUUUUGACUUUGGUCUUUGAAAGAAGAAGGAGUGAAGAGUUAAUAUAUUUUUCUUCACAGGACUUGGUUCUGAUAGUAUUUGAUCCUGAGUUUAAACCAGGAGAAUUUGAGGAUAAUUUGAAGCACGUAAUAGGUGUGGUUCAAGGUUCAAAUUCGAAUGGAAAGAUAACUAUCACAGUCCUAAAUCCCAAUUACUAUGUGGAUGAUAAAACUAUGAAGAGGAAGUUGGCAUCUUUUACUAGUUCAGAGAGGUUGGCUUCUAGAAUGAGGUAUUUUAGUGAUUCUUUGGGAAAUAAGGAAUCUGGGUCAGAUAAAAGUACUACUUUGACACCAAGUUCUUCUCAAGUUUGGAAUUUAUCAAGAAUUACUUCAUUCUCAACUAAUUAUAGAGAACUUAGUGGUUUAUUUUCACUUCCUGAGCUUUUACUGAAGGAUGACCUCCUUUGCAGAGGCCGAAAAUGUGAGCAUAACAUGAAGAUUCCCAUGUUAUUACACGAAAAGUUAGAUGAAAAAUAUAAUCCCUCUCAAAUGAGCGCAUUAAGUGAAUGCCUUAAAUAUAGUGGAAUAAGUCUUAUUCAAGGGCCUCCUGGAACAGGAAAAACUACUACAAUUAUUGGAAUUAUUAGUGCUCUUUUAUCAUCAACAUUUGAAGUAAAGAAUACCUCAGGAGACACAGAUGAUGGGGAAAAUGUUGAAACUAAGAAAAGGAAGUCAGAGGAAGAAAAUGUCUCAGAAAUGUACAAACAAAUUUUCAAAGCCAAACCUUGGUGUUACGAUCCUGAUUAUGUGCCUUGGUAUGAUUCAGAAAUGAAGAGCCUCAGGGUCUACAGACAAGACAAAGUUGAAAUCAAGAAGGUGACUUUAGAUACUAGUAGUAGGAAAAUGGGACCUCGAAAAUUGCUUGUUUGUGCUCCCUCUAAUGCUGCCAUUGAUGCAAUUGUCAGAAAAUUGGUCAGAAACCCCACAACUGGAGAAGGUGGUAUUUUGGACAAUACCGGUAAUUAUUAUUCUCCUACAUUGGUUAGGGCGGGCCCUAACUUUCACCCAGAUUUGCAUGACUUAAGUUUAGAGUAUAAGCUACAACAAAGACUACAAAGAAAUGGUUUUGAUCCAAAGAACUGCAAACAGGAGAUACGACAACAAACUCAAUGGAAGAUUUUGCAGGAAUCUCAGAUUGUCUGUGCAACUCUUUCAGUAUGUGGGAGUAAGGAACUGAUUUCAAUACUCAAUCAAAAUAGUAGAAUGCAGGCGGCUGGGGGUGGGGACAAGGAUGCAUUAUCAUUUGAUACUGUUAUAAUAGACGAAGCUUCUCAGGGUGUAGAACUAUCUACUUUAAUCCCACUGAAGCUUGGAUGUAAAAGGUUGAUAUUGGUUGGAGAUCCAAAACAGCUUCCAGCAACAGUCCUUUCACGACGUGCAAUAGAACGAAAAUAUGACAUUUCUCUUUUCCAGAGGCUUCAAAUGAGUGGGCACCAGGUAAUAAUGUUGAGUGUUCAGUACAGAAUGCAUCCACAAAUUUCUGCCUUUCCUUCAAAACAUUUUUACGAUGGAGAGUUGCAUGAUUACAAGGAUAUACUAAAGACAAGAGCUCCAGUUGUACCUUGGGAUGAGAUCCCAAUAUUUAAACCUUUCACUUUCUUUUCAGUGAACUCGGAGGAAGAACAGGGGAAAUCCAUUUCAAAUCCGGUAGAGGCAGACUUUGUUUGCCAGAUAUUGGAACUACUGGGGUUAAUUCUUUAUGAGAAUCAGAAGAAACAGACAGAGGAUACAGAGUUGAGUGAACCUAAAAGGCAAUGGUAUGAAAGGAUUGCAGUAAUUUCUCCAUAUAAUGAACAAGUUAAGAUUAUUAGGAAAAAGAUUAAGGAGAAAUUUGGGCUGAACCCUGAAACUAUUUGCCCUAUAGAUGUUUCAACUGUAGAUGGGUUUCAAGGUCAAGAAAAAGAUUUCAUAGUAUUUUCAGUUGUAAGAUCUCAGUAUAUAGAAGAAGAUUCAUUAGAUAAUGCUUAUAAUAGGAGGACAAACGCAGGUUUUAUUGCAGAUAGAAGACGUAUAAAUGUAGCUUUAACAAGAGCGAAACAUAAUUUAUGGAUUGUGGGGAACAGUAGAUACCUUCUUGGAAACCCAGAAUGGCGAAGUCUUUGGGACUAUGCUUGCAAAAAUAAUUCCCAGUUUUCUGUAGAUUUUAAGAGAGUUGGACCCAUGGAAAACUAUUUAAAGCUUUGGUUGUAUGGAUUUCUACAACGCAAAGAGUCAUGCAGAAAUGCUCUUCGCCAAGUUGCUCCAGAAUUUAUUCACAAUCUUACUCUUGACUGCUCAAUAUUUGAAAAAAAUAAAGAUGCUUUAAGCUCAGUGUCAGAAACCAAGGCAAAGGUGGAUUCCUCGUUCUUUGUUGAUCUUAAAGAAGACAAAUUGGGCUAUGAAUCAAAGAAUAAAAGGGGUUCCAAAGUUUUUCAGACUGACUCAAAACCAAUAGAGGUAGAAGAAAAUGGGGUGAUUCACAAGUUUAGAAAUUUUGAUCUUGAUCUUUUCUGUGAUAUCAACGAAUACGAGUCCAGUAAAAAUAACGAUUUAGAUUCUGAGAAUGCUGAGUAA